AUGGCGAGUGCUGCUGUGGCACGUAACGUUGUGGGCAUUAUUGGCAAUGUCAUUUCUUUCGGCCUUUUCCUGUCACCAACUCCAACAUUUUACGGAAUAAUAAAGAAGAAGGCGGUGGAAGAGUUCAAGCCAGAUCCUUACAUUGCAACCAUACUAAACUGUGCGUUUUGGGUGUUGUACGGAAUGCCCUUUGUGCAUCCUCAUAGCAUUCUGGUGCUCACCAUCAAUAGUGUUGGACUCGUGCUUGAGUUCGUCUACGUCAUCAUAUUUUAUGCCUAUGCCACCAACAAAGGAAGGAAGAAGGUCCUGUUGUGGCUUUUAGUGGAAGCAAUCUUUUUCACCGCCAUUGUUCUCAUAACAAUGCUGGCACUUCACGGGACUAAAAGAAGGUCAUUGAUAGUGGGUGUUUUGUGUGAUGUUUUUAAUGUCAUGAUGUAUGCUUCUCCUCUCACAAUCAUGGCAAAGGUUAUAAGAACUAAGAGCGUGAAAUAUAUGCCAUUUUGGCUCUCUGUGACUAACUUCUUAAAUGGACUGUGCUGGACAACGUACGCGCUCAUUCAUCCAUUCGACAUUUACGUCCUGACUAGUAAUGGGCUUGGAGCAAUUUCUGGUGCUUUUCAGCUCAUACUGUAUGGAUGUUAUUACUGUUCUGGGAAGCAGGCGAAAGAGAAAGAUGUUUCAACGCCAAAUGAUAUUCAGAUUUCUACUGUCGCGUCAAUGCAAGUAGUGUGA